AUCACCACUUAGCACUUGCCAAGAUGAUUUUUAGUACGCCUACUGUCUUCAGCUGUACCGCCCGCGUCACCAUCACUGGAUACCUUGUCGCAAUGGGAUUACUUCCCACGCAGGCGGCCAACCCCCGACCCUUCGCCCCUCCCUACAACCCCACAUUUCCCCUUCAGGCCUGUCUCGCCGCUACCUUCUUCAAGCAAACCGUCUUCGACACCACGCGUCAGGAAUUCUACAACGCAGGCGACCGCCUUUCCAUCGGCGCUGCAGUCGCAAAUUUCUGCCUCAAGACGGCCUGCCUGGUUCUUGCCUCACACAGAACCACGAAAAAGAUACUGAAUGGCGAUUUCACCCUCGACGACAACCCACCACCCCUCGCUAGCGACAUCUAUACACCCGCUCCGUCAAGAAUCCAGAGGCACAAGCGCUUCUCCAUUGACUCGUACACGGCCCUUGUGGCCGACGAUGAUAACUACCUCAAGGAUUCCGGCACCCCCACAACUCCAGAACUUCUUCUUGCAACCGCCGACAUACCAACAGUACCUUUUUCCUUCAACACUAAUCUACAGUCUAUCACCAUUCCGCCAAAGCCUCCGGACACCGUGCGCAUCGCCAACCGGCGCAAACAACAGCAUUCUGCUCGUCUGCGCGCCGCCCGAACAUGAACUUACCUUGGCCACUUCCAGCAACUCCAUGACGAGAUCCUCGCCGACAAAGCGGCUCUCAUCGAUGGCUGAGCUCGGCCUCACAUCCACCCUGGCGCCCCCAGACUAGAACGGUACAAACUAAUCCACAACACUACUCGCAUCCCGCCGAAGACGCGUACCCGCCUCCCUCGCUGUCCCCUACGACCAGGAGCUUCACCACCCAAGAAGUCGAGGCCACCGCCCACCGCUCGCGGUCCCAAACACACAUUCUAGCCUCAGUCUAUUCUGCUUCCCUCACCAUGUAACGCUCUCUUGGUUU